AUGACGUGGAUGUGUCUUAAUCAACGAAGCAUCCAUUUCCUUUAUGUCUGUGUUCAUGCUGAUGAGGAAAGAGGCCUUUGUUUCCCUGAUGGGAAAAACCCAACGUGUCUGCGUUAUGACAUCCACCAGCUGCUUUGUAGAAAGGGCAGUCCUUUCUCAUGCCGUUUUCAGGAUUUAAACCUGAUGGAACAUCCAGAGCCAUUGUUGUUUGAGGACCUAGUCAUCCUCUUCAGCCAGGAAGAGUGGGCUUUGCUCAGCAUUGCUCAGAAGAAUCUCUACAUGGAUGUGAUGAUGGAAACAGUGAAAAGUCUGGACUUCAUAGGUAUUCAAAACUUAAGUGAUCGAGAGGCUUUAUUCCGUGAAUAUACACAGAUGAAAUUCUUAAGGACGAGCCCACUGUGGCCUUCCAUGUUACAACAGAUGUCAACAUUGUGUGACAAAAAAGCUUUAGAAAAAAGUCAAGAUGAUGACUUUAGGAGAUAUUCAAGGACGCAUGUCACAGAGAAACCUAAUGCAAGUAAGGACUGUGUGAAAGCAUUUUCACCAUCAAGUCAGAUCACGGCGCAGGGAAGAAGUCACACGGGAGAGAUAAGUUUUGAACCUAAGCAAUGUGGGGAAACCUUUCCUCGGUCACAUGACCUCUCUGAACAUAGGAAAACUUACACAAGAGGAAAACAUUCUCGGCGUAAGGAAUGUGAGAAACCAGUUUCCCAAUCAAGUCACCAGACAUCUCAUAGAAAACUUCAUGGAGUAGAGACACCUCCCAUGUAUAAGGAAUGUGGGAAAACUUGUGCCACGUCAACAGACUUCACUCCACAUCUGAGAAUUCACCCAGGAAAGAUAUCUCAUGAGUGUAAGGAAUGUGGGAACUCUUUUUCACAAUACGCUUCCCUCACUCGACAUAUGCGAAUUCACACAGGAGAGAGACCUAUUGAAUGUAAGGAAUGUGGGAAAACAUUUUGUCAGUCAAGUAUACUCAUUUCUCAUAGAAGAACUCAUACAGGAGAGAAACCUUAUGAAUGUAAGGAAUGUGGGAAAAGGUUUUCCCACUCAAAUACUCUCAUUCGACAUAGAAGAAUUCGUACAGGAGAGAAACCUUACAAAUGUAAGGAAUGCGGGAAAACAUUUUCACUCUCACAUUACCUCACGGAACAUCUUAGAAUUCACAGAGGAGAGAAACCUUAUGAAUGUCAGGAAUGUGGGAAAACAUUUUCUCAAGCACGUAAACUCAUUCGACAUAGAAGAAUUCAUACAGGAGAGAAACCCUAUGAAUGUAAGGAAUGUGGGAAAGGGUUUUCCCGCUCAAGUUGCCUCAGUCGACAUAAAAGAAUUCAUACAGGAGAGAAACCUUAUGAAUGUAAGGAAUGUGGGAAAAGGUUUUCCUACUCGUAUAGCCUCACUCGACAUAAAAGUAUUCAUACAGGAGAGAAACCUUAUGAAUGUAAAGAAUGUGGGAAAAGGUUUUCCCAGUCAUAUAACCUCAUUCAACAUAGAAGAAUUCAUACAGGAGAGAAAUCUUAUGAAUGUAAGGAAUGUGGGAAAACAUUUUCUCAGUCAAGUGUACUCAUUUCUCAUAGAAGAAUUCAUACAGGAGAGAAACCGUAUGAAUGUAAGGAAUGUGGGAAAACAUUUUCUCGCUCAAAUAACCUCAUUCAACAUAGAAGAAUUCAUACAGGAGAGAAACCUUAUGAAUGUAAGCAAUGUGGGAAAACAUUUUCUCAGUCAAGUGGACUCUUUUCUCAUAGAAGAAUUCAUACAGGAGAGAAACCUUAUGAAUGUAAGGAAUGUGGGAAAACAUUUUCUCGCUCACAGAGCCUCAUUCAACAUACAAUAAUUCACACAAGAGAGAAACUUUAUGAAUGUAAGGAAUGUGGACAAACAUUUGCACAAUCGGGUGACCUCACUAAGCAUAGUAGAAUUCACACAGGAGACAGACUAUUUGAAUGUCAAGAAUGUUGGGCAACGUUUCGGUGCUCACGUCAGCUCAGUAAUCAUCGAAGAUUCCACUCAGUGAAGACGCGUUAA